AUGGGAGAGGACAAGAGGCAGAAGGCUGGUGCAGUCGAUGCCGUAGACUCCAAGGGCCUGCAAGAUAAUGGGGGAGGCGCGGGUGGCCAGCACGAGGAGAGUGCCGGCGGCGGGGGAGGGCGGCGGGGGAGCAGCAGCGGGAUGCGCAGAUAUACGAGGGAGUGGCUGUUGGAGAUCAAGGCGAGGCCUGAAAUGUCCAAACCUCCAUCCGGUUUCAACGCAGCCCUGCUGAAGCCUUGCGAACCGAAUAACGAGCGCCCCCACAGCGGUUGGCGUGCCAGGGAAGGGAGGGAGGGUUGGCAUCCCCCUGCUGGGGCCAAAGGCCAGAUCCACAGUCGCCUUGUUGAUGAUGGAAAAAUGGAUCCACCUUCGAAGAGUGAACAACCAGGCGAUGGCAAGUGGCUGGCGACAAGGCCUAGCUUCAAGGCUGAGGGGGGAUUUCCAGCAAACCCUCCACGCCGCACCCGCAGUGAGCAGCCCGGUCGUUGGGAUUCAAACAAGGCAGCAGAAGAAGCAAGGAAUGCUGCUUCAGCGGCCGAGCGCCGGGCACCUCCUGGAAUGGAGCGUCGCUCAUCAGAGCGCACCAAGGGGGAGCGAUGGGGAUCUUACGGGCACAGGGACAAGUCCCAAUUUGAGAAAGAAGGUGGUGGAGGUGGUUUGUCAGGGGAGCCUGAAUGGAUGCACGAUGUUGGUGAUGGUGACAAUGGAGGAACGAGCCAGCAAGAUAGGGCAGCAUUCGAGGAGCAGCGCAAGAAGUUCAAGGAGUCGUGGUCAAAGAAGGGGGGAAGCGCACAAGGAGCAGCGCAGGCUUUAUCAGACCUGUUUAUGUCAGAUGAUGACAUCAACAAGAUGAUGCAGGGCGAUGAGCGUAACACUCCCCCACCUGGUUCUUCAACUGCUGUCUCUGCUGGAGUUGCCGCCAGUGGAGCUGAUGGAGUGAGGCCAAGUGUGGUCACUUUCAGCUUUGACUCGUUUAAGGAGGCAAUCAAGCAGGCGGGUGUCCCAAACCUGCCCCCGCUGCCAACAACUUUCAGCACUGUGGACGAGAUCGAGAGGCAGCAGAGGGGCCGAUUGCCACAGCGAGGAGGUGCACCAGGGUUCACCCGUGGCCAGCACCUUCAGGGGAUGCCCCAAUUUCAGAUGCCUCCAAUGCCGCAGCAGUACAAAUCGGUUGGUGAUCUAGAGCGAGAGCAGUAUGGAAUCGGAAAUGGGGGGCAAGCUGGAUUGCAAGGGGCAACUGCACAGCCCACUGGCAAUGGCUCCAUGGACGGGGCACAUUUUCUGCUUUCUCUCCUGAGGGGUCAAGCCAAUGCAGCAAACACGCCACAACCUGGCGUUGGUGGCAUGCACAGGAGCUCGCCAGCAGGCCCGAUGCAGCCCCAAUAUCUUCCUGGCGUGACGCUCCCAUCGCCUGGUCAAGGCGGUGGGGCUCUUCGUGCGCUUUUGGGUCAGCAGCAGCAGCAACAGCAGCAGCCCACACAACUGCCAAGGCAGGACAAUGUGCUCGGCCGGCUGUUUGCUGCUGCGGCGCAGAAGAACGCACCUCCCAGUGCAGGUGUGCUGCCCAACCCCUUGCUGCAGCAGCAUGGCCACCAAGUCAACUUGGGUCAGCUGCAGUCACAGGGCGCUAACUUCCCAAUGAUGCCCAACAUGCAGCAGAAUCCUUUCAUCAGGUCCCAACAAGGGAACCCUCUCGUGGCCCAUGACCCUGGACGUGCUAUGGCCAGAAAUGCGCAGCUGGGAGGCGGCUUCCCCAGCGGUCUGUUCCGCCCUGCUCCUCAGGCAGCGACGCAGCCAGGGCCCAUGCUGUCACAGUACAGCGUCCCGGGUGCGCCUCAGGGGCAGUUCUUGGGGCAGGCGCAGAUGCACGGUGGAGUGCCAGGCCAUCAGGACCCAAUGCUGGUGCACCCCAACGCACUUGCUCAGCUCCAGGGAAUCCAGAGCAGCCAGGCUGGGCAGCCUGGGCUUGAGAGGUUCUUCAAUUUGAAUUCUGUGGGUGGGCUGCAGCCAGCAAACUUACAGGCGAAGCCCAUGCAGGUGCAACAAGAUCGCCAGCGGGCCUUGGAAGAACUUGCCAGGGGUAUGGCAGCAAGGUGA